AUGCUGUGUGUGUUACGUUGUAUUUACAGCGCAAUCUCCUGUGAACCCAUCCAGUGCAAGUCCCCUUGCAACAAAUGGAAGAAGCUGCCAGGUUCUGAACUUUUGAGCUGCAUCCAGUUUGCACCGGAGAAGUGCCCAUCAAGUGAUGCUCAGCUUGAGGUGUUCAAACAAGGAGAACUUUGGAAAUUGGAACGGAACGUUAGGUUUUUGUUCUUCUCCUUAAAAAAACAAAGCUAUAUAUGCACAAUGCUGUGCUUGAUUCUCAGGCCUCAGAUUUACCUGGAAGCAUUUUUCCCCCCAGUUCCAGAGUUGAAAACUGGAUGCAGUUACUUGCUCUGUAGCUGCUGUGACACACUCUCCACUAGACUGAACUCAUAUGAUCCUGGCUGA